GAACUCCAUUGUUGUGUCGCGGGUGACGUCAGCGCCUUGUGCGCGAGAGACUGGCAGGCAGAGAGCGGCGUCGCGUGCGCCUGGCUAGACAAAGGCGGCGGACUCCAGGCAGCGCGAGAGAAGAGACGAGACGAGACGAGAUCAGAGCAGACGCUGCGCCUCUUGUUGUGUGUCUUUUUGGGGAUUUAUACGCUUCUGGAAAUGUGAAGAAUCGCACCAAGGCUUAGCACGAGUCAUGGAAAAGUGACGCUUUUCCUGCAUGUUCACUCUGGCGUGUAUGUUCAAUGCUUUUUUUGUUGUUUUUAAAAGCAAACACAUUCUCUCCAAACGCCCCCCAAAUUAGCAAACUCGGCUAACCUAUUGGACCUCAGUAUUCCUUAUCCAGAACCGGAAUAAAGACAAACCAGAAAAGAAGAAGAAGAAGACGUUGUUUCUGGGUGCUGUCUAAUGCUGAUCCGCGGGCAGCAUGCCUAGCCCACUGUUCCACCCAGAGAUCAUGGAGCACGACGCGGUGGUAGUGAGCGCGCAGCCGGGAGAACCGGAACCGGAGUCCCGCGACGAGGAGCAUCAGGAAGCGCUGCGCUUUGCUAUCGAUCAGUUCUCGCUCAUGGCGCUGGAUAAAGUGGACUCUUUGGACGGGACCACGACGGGGACCGUGUCCGAGAACUGCAACGGUACCGGAGGAGGAGGAGGAGGCGGCGGCUACGUGGACCUGCCGCUGCUCGACCAUCCAGGCGGCUCCCGCGGCUCGCCUUCGUCCUGCUCGCCGUCUCCAGAGUACUACGGCACGGGAGGCUACCACAUGGCCCCGCACACACACUCGGUCCUGGGAGACCAGACCGCCGCGCUGUGCAACCGCAAAAGGAGCGUCAACAUGACCGAGUGUGUGCCUGUGCCCAGCUCAGAACAUGUCGCUGAGAUUGUCGGGAGGCAAGGUUGUAAGAUCAAAGCCCUGCGAGCAAAGACCAACACGUACAUCAAGACCCCGGUGAGGGGCGAGGACCCUGUGUUUAUAGUGACGGGCCGCCGCGAGGACGUUGAAAUGGCCAAGCGUGAGAUCAUCUCUGCAGCUGAUCACUUCUCCAUGAUUCGUGCGUCUCGCUGCAAAGCCGGGGGAAGUGGAGGGUCUCUGCCUGGGCCGCCACACCUUCCAGGUCAGACUACCAUCCAAGUGCGUGUGCCCUACCGUGUGGUGGGUCUGGUCGUGGGGCCUAAAGGGGCCACGAUCAAACGCAUCCAGCAGCAGACUCACACGUACAUUGUGACACCGAGCAGGGAGAAGGAUCCUGUGUUUGAGGUCACAGGCAUGCCGGAGAAUGUCGACCGGGCACGUGAGGAGAUUGAAACGCACAUCACGCUGCGCACCGGCGCCUUCGUCGACCUGCAGGGCCACAACGACUUUCACACAAAUGGCACCGAUGUCAGCCUCGAAGGCCUUGGUUCUCUUGGGCUCGGGGGCACACUGUGGGGGCGCGGAAGCAGCUCUGCUCACCAUACAGCCCCUCCGCCUCCUCCACCACCACCACCUCCUCUCCCUCUCUCCAUCCACCACUCAGGCCGCAAGCUCUCCACAGCAUCCUAUCACAACGGUAGUCUGGGUUCGGAGGCGUACCCGAGUAGCCGCCGUCCCACAGACAGCGCCAGUCCUACCAGUCCAUUUAGCACGGGCAGUGGUGGAGGCACCUUCACCUUCAGCAAUGACCCCACGCCUGGCAUGGCACCCACCUCUGAUGAGCUUGGCUUUGAAUUCGGCAGCAGCAACAUCUGGGCACCGCUGGCCAACGGCACCAAGCAGGCACAGCCUCUCCGGCGCAACAGUAGUGGCCUGAGUGGGGGAACGGUCACACCACGCCUCUCGCCCACAUUGCCUGGCGAUGGCUCAGCAUUGGAGCACCCACUGGCACGGCGGGCACAAAGCGACCCGCUUAGCGCACUCUCCUGGCUUCACACGGGCUCGUCGUUCUCAGGGGGCAGCAGCAGCAGCAGCGGUGGCAGCACCACGGGCUACUCGUCCUGCUCCGCGUCCUCGUUGCCUGGCGGCUCGCCUACCGACUCUGAGGGCGGCGGCAGCAGCGUGGGCGCCGGAUCUGGCAUGCUGGGCCGCUUGAAGACCGGCGCCCUGAGCAGCAUGAUGCCAGCUGGUGGCAACAGGGACUGCUUCGUCUGUUUCGAGAGCGAGGUCACAGCUGCUCUCGUUCCCUGUGGCCACAAUCUUUUCUGCAUGGACUGCGCUGGGCAAAUCUGCCAGUCACACGAGCCCGAGUGCCCUGUGUGCCACACCCCAGCCACGCAGUGCAUUCGCAUUUUCUCUUAAUGGCACACAGUCACCGGGGGUGCUGUUAUCCCAAGCCCUGAAGAACAACCUCACUAUUUAGAAAGUCUACAGUAAACUAUAAGGAGAGAGGAAGAUGUGUACCUGCCUACAUAGGAUUGAUAAUUACUAUAUUAAAUAUGACACUAUUCUGAUGUUGAUUUUAUUAUUAAUAAUAAUAACUAUGAUGAUACUGUCAAUGUUAUAACCGACUCAUGUACUUAUCCCAGGCUGUGGAAUCAGCAGGUCAGCAGCAGUGUACUUUAUUUUUCCUUUGAGAUGGACGAGGAGGAUAGAAACCAGUGUCUUAUCUAUCUUUAGGCAUUAAUUUGAUCUACCGCCAAUGAGUCUGUCCAUGUAUUAUACAUUCCCCCCCUCCCCUCCUCUUCAUUCUUGCUUCUGAGCAGGUUAUUUUUUGCUUGAGACUUUUUUCUACUUGCAGAUAUUUUUCAAUUUAAGCUGCAUAGGUCUGCACUUUUUCUAAGGGUUGAUUUUGAGAACUUUGAGAGGGGCGGGAAUGCAGUCUGUUUUUAAUCCCGCACGUUUUUGCGUUUUUCUGAAGAAGAAGAAGAAAAAAAACCUAGGAGACUGCGGAGCCUGCACACUCGUCAGACCAAAAUAGUACAGAAUUAUUUGGUUUUUUUAUUAUUAUUAUUAUUAUCAAUGAAGAAUGAAACACUUAAUAUUUAUUCAAGUUAAAAGUUGAUAUCCAGCAUAAUGGUUAAUGUUCAAUAUUAUGUAGGUAGAUAGAAUAGUUAACGUUGCAUAAGAAAUAUCAUUACAAUGCUAAGAGGUCGGUGUUCCGCCUGUCUUUUGUCUCGCAAUCCGAAAACACUCAUACUCCAGUCCAGAAGAGGGCGUUGUUAGACCCUCAAACUAGAACAAGCACUGCUCCUGAGGACUUUUCCCCCCAGGGUGGACAUGUCCUAUACACUUCAUUAUCAGACACACGUGUAUUUACUGCUUUGAUCAAAUAAGUUCAGAUUUGUUCCUUCUGGUUUCAUUCCCCGUCCUGGCGGGGUCCACUACAGCACCACAGAUACGGCGGAGUCACCUUUUCACUCCACAGGCAACUUGAUCUGUUACACUUUUCUUGUUCUUUUAGAUAUUCUUUUAAAAUUAGCUGUCUGGUUGUUGGAACAGGACAGAAAUGUCCUCUCCAUCAUGUUCAGAAUUACUGAAUUUUAGCAUAGGUAGGAUGUUGUAACUUUGCAAGAAUGUUUCUUCUUACUCUGUGUGUGUGUGUGUGUGUGUGUGUGUGUGUUUUGGAAGAGAAAAGGGUGAAGAGUGGGAAUUUUUUUUAAUUAUUAUUAUUUUUGAAUUUUAGCGGACUGUUUUUUGAAUCCAUCCCACUUUGUGCACUGCGACACAUUGCAAUGUUCUUUCGGUCUCUGGCCAGCCUGGAGAAACGUCGGUCUUCCGCCCUUCCCACAAGGCCUUGCUCUUACUUUGAGGGCAGAGGCUCUUUGCUGUAAUCCACACUAGCGCCCAGACCCAUUUCCAUGUUUAGCCUCUUGCUGUUUUUGUGCUUUGGUUGGAGGAUACUUGCACCAGGUGCCCAGUGAAAUAGGUUUUUAUUUUUAUUUUUAAAGUGACAAGCCAUGAUGACAUCGUAUAGUCUAAAAGGGCUUCCUGUGAUAAUUCAGGUCUCCUUCAGUUACAAUAACCAGGAUUGAGAACCAAUCAGAACCUGGCAGCUAUGUUCACCCAGGGCUUCCAUUCACUCUGUGCUAUGUGUCCGAGAGCCGCAGACGAGGUUUUGAUGUAGGGUCUCAGUCCAGAACCGACGCUUAGACGCAGUGGCUUCAAAACGGAAACCUCUGGAGCCGAGGUUCAGGUCAGAGGUGAGAUCUUUAUAGUUCUGGUUUACAUGGUUUUAUCUGUGUUGUCCAUUCAGUUUCCAUAUUCAGGCGUGUAUGAAACCCAGCCUCAAAAAUGGUCCAUGAUUUCUCCUGUGUCCCCUUUUGAAGAGAUAUUUAUUUUUUUGCUUCAUCCACAGGUACACAGAUACAGAAUGUUUUCUAAAAGACUCAGUAGUGCCAGUUCACUUUCAGUUCCGAGUUGAGAGCAUUUGGUGCCUUGGUGGUGCAGAUCACUACUGAUGUUCAGUCUGUUUCUGAAGCGCCUGCCCUCGUUGUAGAGAAAAUGAGUUUGUGUUUGUAGCAGGGAUCCACCUGCUCUUGUGGUCUUAUUCAGAUAUUUUUAAGUCGUUUUACCUUGCUGUCGAAUGCAGAAUGUUACAGAAAUGAAAAGAGGAAAAGAAAUUAAAAAGGAAAAAAAAAAAAUUUGUCCAGAGUAUGAGUCUGCUGCGAUGAAUUUGUGUUGGAGAGGAAUCUCAUCGGGCUGAGAUUAGAUCUUUUGUAAGGUUAGUUUUAAGAUACUACACUCAAAAGGGGUACAGUACCAGAACUGGUUUAAAGGUACAGAAUUUGCUGCAAGUCAGUAGCGUGCUGUAAACACCCCUCCGCGGCUGUGCCGUCUGAAGCUCCAGGUGUUUCUCAGCCUAGCGAGGACCAGACUCCUCCGUUAAUCCGUCACUCCGAACCUGGAGACAGGCAGCACAGAGUCGAGAUGGAGAUUAGUUAAUUUAGUUAGUAUGUUACCCCUUCUUCUUACCCCUCCAUACCCCCUCUCUAAGGUUCAUAAACAGGGUUUACUGAGGAAAGCUCAGAGGGGAGAUCUGAUCUCGGGCAUCAGACUUACACCAAGCUGCCAUGCUCCUAUAGAUCACUUGGCCCUGUAACUCUGCUCUCCUUUCCAGCGUUUUUUUUUUGUUUGUUUGUUUUUUUGUUUUGUUGUUGCUUUAAUUUUUUUAAUAUGCAGAACCAAAAGUCAUUUCAGAAACAAGGUUUUAGACCUGACUGUAAAUACCCUGAAAUACAAUCAUUGGGACUUUUUUUCCAGCCGUACAAAACUGAUAAGUUUAGUAGUUUUUAAAAACAUUGUCAUUAUUUGUAAGUAUCUGCAUGUCUUGAAGCCAUCAGGCAUUAGCUAAUAAUAAUUUUCUAAAGUUAAAAAAAAAGACAAAAAAUCUUUUUACACAUUUUAUUUUUUACAAUUUAUUUGCUUACUUUUAACCUAAAUAUCCCAGAUUAUAAUGUGACCCUUUUAUUACUGCAAAUUUAUCUUUAUUUUCCAUAUUUCUGUUUUCCUGUGUAAAACAUAUAGGCAAUUUAUAACAAAAUGAGAAAAUUAUUGAAGAAAAUUUAAAAUUGAAAUAUAUUUUAUUUGAAAGUUUAUGGACCUUUUAGCCGCGAGUCGGAACAAUUGUAUACACGUUAUAAUUUGAACUGACUUCACGGUUAUAAGAAAUGUAUCAAGAGUUUUAUUUUUUAUGCUUCUUUAAUAAAAUCUUGUUUUUUGUUUUCAUUUUUUACUGUAAAACAAUAAACCUCAGUGUCUUGGUGCUUUUCAUUUAGGUUACUGUAGGACAAUACAAAGGUAUUCAAUCCAGGCUGGAUGAGGAACUGGGGCUCAGGCGGAGGAGUCUGUGUUUAUGGGUUGAUCUCUGAAAGCGAGAUUGCUUCGAGUCUUAUGAAACCCACAGAACACCACUUUAAUAAACCGUUGUGUUUAAGUGCCAUGUGGGAAAUGAAGCUGUUAUAAGUUUAUCAUUGGAGUUUUACAGUCUACAGCUUUAUUUCUUUAGAAGUCUGAACUGCAGUUUUUCAUGUGGCCGAUAGGAGGCACUGAAACCCAAUAAACACAAGCACUGUAUACUAUAUACUGUACACUCGUAUGCCUUUUAUUACGUUUACUAUAAUCCACAAAAAAUGUGUACAGAAAACAUGGUUACAUUGCACUUACUUGAUUCGUGAAUUCAUAUGUUAACUUGAUGAUGAUAUAUGUAAAAGACAGACAACACAGUGCCGCUUUAAGACUAUGAAUACAGUAAUUAGUGCUUUUGCUCAGUCUGUGUUGAGGCUCUAGCUAUUGGGAAGUGAGACCUUUUCUCAAGAACCACAUCUCCAUCAGAUUUAUUUAAUCAGCACAAAUGGAGACUUGCUUUUGUCUUUUUGCUUGUUUCAAUCAUAAAAUCAUGAUCAUGGAAGAGAUAAGUCCUGACUUCUUGGACCACAUUUCUUUUCUUCCACAUGUUGAAAAUUGGCUUUAGUUGAGUUUUUCUUUUCUUUUUCCAAAGAGCAUAAAUAAAUAAAUUUCAGUGUU